AACUACUUGGCGUCGCGGAGGGCUGCCGCGGAGGGUGGCCAGGGUGCGUGCAGCGGCUGGCUCCAGGGCAGGCGAGGCACGCGGCUGAACGUUCUCUUGUCAGUGAGGAAGGCUUUCCAUCAUUAUCCAUCACCAGCCAACAUUCGUUAUGUACUGGAGCGGUCUAAGCGCUGCUGCCAAUGCAGCUGCUGCCUACCAAACAGGCCAGACUGGCUACCCAGUUGGUCACACCCCGACAGGCACCUAUACUACACAGCGUGCAGCAGGGUCUACCUAUGACACAGGCUAUCAGACAGCUGCAGCUGCAGCGGCAACACAUUCCACUGCAGCAGGAACAUAUCCAAGUGCAGCAGCAUCUGCCACGUAUGAUUAUGGCUACGGCCGCACCACUCAGACUGCUGCUGCUGCUGCUGCAGCUGCUUAUGAUUCUUCCAAGACCUACUACGCACAGCCAUCAUCUGCUACAGCCUACACUGGUGCAGACACUCACUAUCACAUUGUCCUACCUGCAGAUAAGGCCGCCUAUACCAAUGCCAGUGCAUAUACUACAGCAUCUAGACAGACUACUCCUGUUGUGACUCCAAAGACCAGUUACACCGGUACAUACCCUGGUGCUGCUGCUGCUGCUGCCACAGCCACCUACAACACCUCACCCUAUGCUGUCCAGACAACUACAGCCAACAAAGCUCCACUGCCAGUAUACAUGCAACAGACCUCACAACCAGCUCCAGCAGUUACUGCAGUAAAAACUCCAGGCAACACCUGGCAAACCUUCAAAAAAACCGGAACAAUACAGGGCAAAUCUCAGAAACCAAAGGCACCACCCAAGCCACAGCAGCUUCAUUAUUGUGAUGUAUGUAAAAUCAGUUGUGCAGGACCACAGACCUACAGAGAGCACUUGGAGGGACAAAAGCACAAAAAGAAAGAGGCCGCUGCCAAGGCUGGACCUACUCCUUCCCGUCAUGGUGCCUCCCUUCGCUGUGAGCUGUGUGAUGUUACAUGUACUGGUGCUGAUGCAUAUGCUGCUCACAUUCGUGGUGCUAAACAUCAAAAGGUAGUGAAGCUGCAUCAGAAACUUGGCAAGCCCAUCCCCUCCACCGAUCCUGUUGUGGUAGGAGGCACCACCAAAACCUCCACUACCACUGCUGGUGCUACAGAAGGGGCCAAGACUACCACCAGUGGGACAACAGCUGCCCUUACAAGUCUCCUUAUGACCACUGAUGUGAAGAAAGAAGAUCUGAAGGAUGACCUGCUAGAUCUGAAAGAGAAAGAUGUUGAGCCAGUAGGACAAGUAUAUAUUGAAGAAAUUAAAAAUGAGGAAGGAAAAGUAAUCAGCUUUAAUUGCAAGUUGUGUGAGUGCCGCUUCAAUGAUCCUAAUGCUAAGGAGAUGCAUAUGAAGGGCCGCCGGCAUCGUCUACAAUACAAAAAGAAAGUCAACCCUGAACUUGUGGUGGAGGUGAAGCCAUCACUUCGUCAACGGAAGCUUCAGGAAGAAAAGCUUCGCAGGCAGCAGCUGCGUGAAGAGAUGUGGCGCCGGCGGGAGGAAGAGCGGCUGCUGGAGGAGGAAGAACGGUGGUAUUGGGAGGAGCGAAGGAGGUAUGAGGAGGAGUGCGAGUAUUUGGACUGGUGCAGACGGUAUCCCAGAGGCCCUCCAGGGCCCCCGCCCAUGAUGCCUCCUGGAAUGCCUCGACCUCCAUUCAUGCCUGGAAUGCCCCCUAUGAUGCCCAUGCGAAGGCCUGAUUCUAGUGAUGACCGUCAUGUUCUGGCCAAGCAUGCAGAGAUUUAUCCAAAGGAAGAAGAACUAGGAGCCAUCCAAAAGAUUGUGUCCAACACUGAGAAAGCUCUUAAAAUGGUGUCAGACUACCUUGCAGAAGUGGAUGCCCCUAAAGAGCAGCAAAUCAAACCCAAGACCAAAAAAGAAGAAGAAAACAAGGGAGAAGAUGAAAAGAAAGAUGGGGAGAAAAAGGAAGAUGGUCCUCCAAGAAUGCUGAAGGGUGUAAUGAGAGUUGGGAUUCUGGCAAAGGGUCUUCUGCUAAGAGGAGACACCAGUGUGCAGCUAGUAGUACUGUGCGGAGACAAGCCAACAAGAACACUUUUAGACAGAGUUGCUGAUAACCUCCCAAAACAAUUGGCCGUGGUUGCCCCAGAAGACAAGUAUGACAUCCAGAGGGUGGUGGAGGAGGCUGCACUUGUGGUACAAAACAUAGGGGAGCAGCGGAUUUGUGUCAAUGUGACCCUCACGUCCCCUAUCAUGAGGGAACAGCUGCUGCAUGAUGGAGACUCCCAGGUGACCGCCGUCAAGGAUCCUCCAGAUGUGCUCGACAAGCAGAAAUGUCUGGACGCGCUAGCCGCCCUCAGACAUGCCAAGUGGUUCCAGGCUAGAGCAAAUGGUCUUCAAAGCUGUGUAAUGGUGAUCAGAAUCCUCCGGGACCUCUGUCAGCGGCUACCAACCUGGGGUCCCCUGAACAGUUGGGUGAGUGGUGAUUGCGGUGAUGGAAAGAAGGACAAGAAGGAAGAUGGUGAGGACUCAAAGAUGGAUACAGACAAGGAAAGCAAGUAA